AAACCGGAAGUGACAGUAGUAAGGAGGGGACUUUUUCAAAUUGUCGAGCGGGUCGCUCAUCUUGUCGCUGUUUUGUCUUGUUGAAUCGUAACCGUAAGGGUGCUUUUGUCCACUGCUCAACUUGCAUUCAGGUACAGAAAUGUCAUCAAAAAUCCCUAGAGGAGUCCAGCCAGCUGCUGAAAUGAAGAAAACAGCCAAUAAGUUUGAAUCAAAAGACACGGCAACUGCAUCGUCACAUGCUAAUGCCAUCCCUAAAACAGACGGUGUCCUCAAACCUCAAAAAGAAAAUAUACCAAGAAAGAAUAUUACCACAAAGGUUCACAAAGGAGUUUCUACCAGGUAUGGGCAACAGGCAGAGCUGAGGGACCAAAAUCAGCUGUUGAUGGGUGCCAAUGAGGAACUGCAGAAAAAUCUCACAGAGACACAGCAAAGAGUAGCUGAGCUGGAGCUGCAGUGUACUGACCUUGAAAAGGAAAAUGCAGAUGUUCAGAGACGCCUAAAAGAUUGUCAUGUUCUUCUGGUUGCAAAACAAAUGGAUCCAGUCUUAGGAGAAAGAAUUGGAGAAGCUGCCCAACAAAAUGAAGAUCAAAGAAGAGAAAUGGUGAGUGUCUCCACUGAUCUGCUGAAAGAAUUAAAGGCUUUCGGUGAUAUUGCAUCGGUUCAGCGUGCUCAGCUAGAGGCAAUCCAGACGACGAUGAAAGACCUAACCAAAGCACAAGAGCAUCUCACACAGGAAAGGGAGAAGUUUACCCAGGAAGUUUCUGAAAUGGAAAAAGCUCUGGAGGAGGCAGAGGCACUCUUGCUAGAAUAAAUGUAAAAUAUUUUCUCAGAUCAAAUUUGAAUAAAGUAUUGAUGUUUUUUAUUGUU